AUUGGACACCUGGACCUUUUCCUUCGGUUCCUCCUUGGUUUGUCACUCCAGUCCAAUCGACGACUAUUACAAGGUCUGUUGACACGGCAAGAUGACAAUGCCAAAAGCAAAAAGGAAAUAGUUGAGUACAUCAAGCAGAAAUUAGGAAAUAAUCUGUCUCCAGAGAGAUCCAUUAAUCUGUUCUACUGUUUGAAUGAGCUAAAUGAUCAAACUCUGGUGAAAGAAAUUCAAACCCAUCUUAACAAAGGAAGUCUCUCAUCCGCUGAUCUUUCACCUGCCCAGUGGUCUGCUUUGGCCUUUGUGUUGUUGACAUCAGAGAAGGAUCUAGAGAAGUUUGAGCUUGAGAAAUUCAAGAAAUCGGAUGAGUGUCUCAUUAGAUUAUCAGCAGUCAUCAAAACCUCCAAAAGAGCUCUAUUAAAUGAUUGUAACAUAACAGACAGAAGCUGUUCAACUCUGGCUACCGUUCUUGGAUCAGAUACAAAUUUGAAAGAGCUGAACAUGAACAAUAAUAAUCUGCAGGAUUCAGGAGUGAAGCUACUCUGUACUGGACUGGAGAAUAUGAAGUGUGAGUUGGAGAUACUGAAACUUUCAGACUGCAGUAUCACUGAAGAAGGUUAUAAAGCUCUAGCUUCAGCUCUGAGAUCAAACCCUUCACACCUGAUAGAGCUGGAUCUCACAGGAAAUGAUCCUGGACAAUCAGGAGUGAAUGAGCUCAAUGAUUUACUACAGGAUCCGAACGUUCAACUGAGGACACUGAGGUUUUUGGGUCCUGCUGCAGAUGAAGCCUGUAAGUAUAUAACUGGAAUUGUGGGUAAAAACCCAUUACUUCUGAGAGAGCUGAAUCUGAGUGAAUGUGAACUAGGAGACAAACGAGUGAAUCAGAUGGCUUCUCUACUGCAGGAUAAACACUGUAAAUUCAGUACACUUAUGCUGUGUGGAUGCAGUAUUAAAGAAAAACACUGUUACCUUCUGAGUUCAGCUCUGCGUUUAAACCCAUCACACCUGACAGAGCUGGACCUGAGUGGGAAUGAACUAAAAAAUACAAGAGUAAAGCACUUAAGUGACGCACUGAAGGACUCACACUGUAAACUGGAGAGACUUGAGUGUUUGUUUCAUUUCUCCCAAUGUAGGUUAAGAUACUGUGAUAUGACACAUGAGUGUUGUUCUGCUCUGACUUCAGCUUUGAAAUCAAACCCAUCAUACCUGAAAGAGCUAAACCUCAGUGGGAAUAAAUUAGGAGACUCAGGAGUUGAAAACCUCAGUGAUCUACUGAUGAACCCACAAUGCAUGAUGGAGAAACUAGAUCUGUGUGAAUGCAGUAUUACAGAGAAACAGUGUCUCAUCCUGACUUCAGCUCUGAAAUCAAACCUAUCACACCUGAGAGAGCUGGACCUUGGUGGGAAUAAAAUGAAAAACACAGGAGUGAAUCCCUUAUGUGACAUGCUGAAAAAUUCAGACUGUAAACUGGAGAGAUUGAGGUUUAGAGGCUGUGAUAUGACAGACGAAGGUUGUUCUGCUGUGACUUUAGCUCUGAAAUCAAACCCAUCACGCCUGCAAGAGCUAGAGCUGAGCGGGAAUCAACUAGGAGACUCUGGAGUGAAAAACCUUAGUGAUCUACUGAUGAACCCAGAAUGCAACCUGGAAAUAUUAGUUCUGUGUGGCUGCAGUAUUACAGAGAAACAGUGUCUCAUCCUGACUUCAGCUCUGAAAUCAAACCCAUCACACCUGAGAGAGCUGGAUUUGAGUGGGAAUGAACUGAAGAACACAGGAAUGAAUCGCUUAUGUGACGUACUGAAGGAUUCACACUGUAAACUGGAGAGAUUGAGCUUAAAUGACUGUGCCAUUACAGAUGUUGCUAGUUUGGCUCAGUCUUUGAGUAAGACAAAAGUCCUGCAGUUUCUAAAAGAGCUUGAUCUGAGUAACAAUAACAUUGGAAACUCAAAGAAGCAGCUCAGUGAUUCGCUACAAGACUCAAACUGUAAACUGAGGUAA